AUUUUUCGGUUGUUUUCCUUAAACAGUUAUGGUUUUUUCCAGUUUGUAAACAAUCAUGUAACUAACUUCUAAUAAUAAUGCAAACAUUAAGAUUUUCAGGUUUACAGCAUGUUCAUUUGAAUACAAGCAGAAAACUGGCAACAAUGCUAUGAAAUAAUAAGUACGGUUAGAAGGCAGUGAUGUCUAGAGUGGAAGAUAGCACAGGGACCGAGCUUCUGCAUGUACGCAGUCGCUGGGACUACGUGAGAAAAAAGCUUAAAAGAAGAGGCGUGGUUGAAGUGAACAAAGCCCAUCCGCACCAUGAUAUGCUAUGUGCCAUACAAGGAUCUAUUAGGAAACUGCUAACAGAACAUCCUGAGGCUAAAGCUAAGGAUGAACUUCUGUCAGAAGAUUUUAAUCAAAAGAUCAAGUUUAGUGUUACAACAGACACAGGAAAGACUUACCAUUUUGCGAGCUAUGCAAGUCCAGUGUUUGCUUGUGUCCGAUCUGCAGUCAGCAUUAAAGAAGAUGACUUUCUAGAGAGUUUAUCGCCAAAAGAUCUUCCUUAUCUAGAAUUCAUUAGCAAUUCGCGUAGUGGUCAAGACUUCUACUUUAGUAACAAUCAGCGUUUCAUUCUGAAGACAGAUGAGCAGAAAUGUGUUCAUUAUUUCCUAACCAUUUUAAGAGAUUAUUUAGAUCAUUUUCACAACUACCCACACUCACUGUUGGUGAAAUUUCUUGGCUUGUAUUCUAUAAAGAAGCCUCGAUCUAGAAAAAAGUACUUCCUGGUGAUGCAGAGUAUUUUCUAUCCAACAGUGAGACUUGAAGAGAGGUUUGAUAUCAAAGGAUGCCUGGCUAAUAGAUAUCAAAAUGUUUGGCUGUGUUGCUUUGGUACCCUGACCAAGCGGUCUGAAAGUCCACACCCAUCUGGAAAGAAGACAAUCCUUGUUCUGAAAGACCAGAAUUUUAUGGGAGAGGCUUUAAGUCUAGGUAACCAGCGGGACUGGUUCCUAACACAACUGCGGGCAGAUGUGGACUUCUUGUUGACUAUCAAUGUACAAGAUUACAGUUUGUUGCUAGGACGACAUCCACUUCAUGUGAGCGAGAAAAAAGAGUCAGUUGGCAACCUUGUCUUAAGAAUGAAAAAAUCAUUUGGACACGAGAAAAGUACUCAGCCUUUGAUAGAAGACAAUGAAGAAACUGGUGCUACACAAAAUCAACAACCUGAUGGUGAUACUGCACCUCAUGUGCACGCUGAUGGUACCCCUUUACAUCAGAAUCAAACAGAGACUGUUGAAAUGCAAUCAAUUACUGUAAACCAAGACACUGCAUCUCCAACAGAGUCACCACUAAAACAGCCAAGCAUCAAAUCGCCAAAAAAGUCACCUGUUAAGAAUAACGCUGUAUCACCUGCUCAGAAAAGGAAUGUAAGUUUUCUCCGAUCACUGUCUGAUAAAGAUUAUCUGGACUCAACAGGACUGCUAUUUCAUAAUCGGAGGCUGUUGGUAAACAGUGAAAACAGUUUGCAUAUAGUUGAUGGCACAGAUUUACGAUAUUACAUUGGAGUUAUAGAUUUCUUUACGCAGUUUGGAUGUCGACAGAGAAUUGCAAAGUUUUUUAAGGACAUUAAAACAUGCUGCGGUAACCAUUCUACCGAGCCACCACAGGUUUACGCAGAGAGAUUUUAUCAAUUUAUUAGCGAAAGAGUUGUUUGAUAAAAUUUUGUGAAUAUUGUCAGAAAUAACUUGAAAG